AUGGCGUGGGGUAUCCCAACCUUGUGGACCUUGAUUCGGGUGUUGGGAGGAACAUUCAUUGGGGGGUUCCUGGUGACCGCCGGUCUUCUCUACCGCUAUCAAAAUGCGCUCAUCUACCCUUCCUCAUUCCCAAACGGAUCUCGGACAAACGUCUUGACUCCCGACGAGUUUGAUCUGGAAUACGAGGAUGUCAGGUUGAAAACUCCGGAUGGACAGGAAUUGAGAGUGUACCUCAUGUGCCAGAGCGAACCUUCGGAGAGGGAGAAGAGGAGAGGUGAGGAUGAGGGUGAUGUGGCUACUAGAAGACCUACCAUCCUCUUCUUGCACGCGAAUGCUGGGAAUAUGGUGAGUGGGUGCGCCAGGAGGCAGCCAAGUACCAAUGGCCUGGGAUGGAUGUAUGCGCUCCAGAUACCAAGCACCUGCGCAGUAUAAAGCAAUCGGAUGGCUGCCAACAAGUCUCGCAUGACACGCCGUGUCGAGCUCUUCUGUUUCUGUCCAUCAGAGAUCAUCAAUGCUGACACAUAGUGGCUUGUCGCGCAGGGCCAUCGCCUACCCCUCGCAGCAGUCUUCUUCAAGAGAUUUGGCUGCAAUGUCCUCAUGCUCUCGUAUCGAGGCUACGGUCUCUCGACGGGAACGCCAUCCGAGAAGGGCAUCAGGAUAGAUGCUCAAACAGCUUUGAACUACAUCAAACGUCAUCCGAGACUGAAAGCUACUCAGGUGGUGGCUUAUGGUCAGAGCAUCGGUGGCGCUGUAGCUGUGGACUUGGCUGCAAAGGCAGGAAGAGCGGUGAGUCGCAUGGAUAAGAAGGCAUUGAUCGUGGAAUUGUGCAACUCUGCUGGGGGCAUGAUCGCGUUUGGGAAUAGCGCCAGGCUCCAUGCGACUUGGUUGUGAUGUGCACGAUGGGGACGCCGAAGGUCUCGGCUGUAGCGUGGGACGAACGAUCGCUGAUGGAUGGUCAUCCGCCUCCUCGCCCAAUGUGUCGAUGCAGAUCAGUGCAUUGAUUCUGGAGAAUACGUAAGUGCAUGAUUAUGGCAUUUGACGUGCAAGCAUGUUGGUUGACAGAAAACCCUCUCACCGCAUCUCAGCUUCUUGAGCGUGAGCUCACAGCCGUGUGGUAGAUGCAGGUCAACGCCACUCAACUGACGCACCUGCUUGCGAUCGUGCCACAGAUUCCCGAGCUGAUUCCGCACGUCUUGCCACCCGUCAAGCCUUUCACGUUCCUUUGCCGUGAGUCGCGACUGCAACGGAAAAUCCAGAACAGAUCCUCAGCUCAAGCAGCCUCUCACGCGACCCAGGCGAAUUCUGGCCCACCGGCGACUCAAUUAUGCAGCUUGGGCCCUAUCAACCUGUGCUUUUUCUGAGUGGAAGGGCUGACGAGCUCGUUCCUCCUUCUCACAUGGACUUGCUCUUCAAGCGAUGUUCAUCGAGCAAAAAGGUCUGGAAGAGCUUCAAAGAUGGCACGCACAACGACACUUGCGUCAAGCCAGGCUACUUUGAAGCGAUUGCGCAAUUUCUGGCGACUUGGGUUGUGCCUUUGACCCAAGGCAUCAGUCCUGCAGAGCUGCCUGACCCUGACGCACACGGAACGCUUCCGAGCCCGCGCACCGCCGAAGCUGCCUUGGCACCUCACUCGUCAUACUCAAAAGGCGGGGAAAAGUCUGGUGACCCGAUCUUUAGCUCGUUCGGUGGCUUCAACGCCGAGUCUGGACCGGUCAACCCCUCGGGAGUUGGAGGCGCGGUGAACACAAGUCAGGGAGGACAUACUCGGCAGCCUUCCAGUCCGCGCGUCGGUUCACAAGGUCCUCGUCUUCGACGAUCAGCCUCAGCAUCGAGCGCAGAUUCGAGAGGAUCGCUGA